AUGAGUGCUGCUGCAACCAUCGGCGCCAUCAUCACAGGCAUUGGCGCCACUGAGUGCGUCAGGUGCUGCCAGACCUACCCAGGGCCGUGCGUCACAGCGCAAUAUGUGCCGGGCAUCCAGGCCUACCCCGGGCCGUGCGUCACGGCACAAUACGUGCUGCCGGGCAUACAGGAGGACUCGAUUUUGACCUUGGUGCGAGUUCAAUCCACCAUCCAUCCAAUCAACCCUUUCUUCGUUGCUGUGCAUGCGUGGAUGCAGCGGUGUGUGCUCAAGAAGGGGUACGGCACAGCAGUGAGCACGAUGCCUGGGUUCCUGGCGUUUGAGAGUUUCCAACCGUUGCUUUGCCUUCGGUGUGUGCUCAAGAAGGAGUAUGGCACAGCACUAAGCAACGCGCCGGGAUACCUGGCGUUUGAGAGUCCCUGCGAGUCCAAUCCUUUCCCUCUCAUCUUGUUCUGUGCCGGUCGGUGUGUGCUCAAGAAGGAGUAUGGCACAGCAGUGAGCACAGCGCCGGGAUACCUGGCGUUUGUCAAGAAGUGUGCAGUGGACAACGGGGGGUGCGGCCAGCGUCUGUGCCAGCAGGGGCAACCCAACACAUGCAUCGAUCCUAAAGUUCCUCCCUCCUUUCCCCAACGUCUCUCUGCGCCUCCUUCCCCCAACCCAGAGUUCGGGUUUCGGUUCAAGAAAAAAGACACGGAUUACACGGGUCCCCAUCACCCCGUUCCCCCUCCCAUUCCCAUUCCCCUACGGGUUUCGGUUCAAGGACAAGGACUUGGAUUACACAGGCCCCCAUCACCCCAAUCCCCCUCCCCUCUUUCCUCCCCACACGGGUUUCGGUUCAAGGACAAGGACUUGGAUUACACGGGCCCGGAGGUGGGGGGGGGCGAGGGGCUGGACUCGGCAGCGUGUGUGGAGCGCUGUCAGAAGAACGACAGGUGUGUGCUGGCUGAGUCGGACCCCAGGCGGCUCAAGUGCUGGCUCAAGGGAGCGAAUUACAGCGAGUAUGGCAGCCAGCUGAAAGGGAGGAUCAACUUUGAUCGGCCGGUCAAAGGGGUGGAGGGGAGAAGGGGAGCGGGUUUGGUUCUGCUGCUGGUUGUAGCUGCGGCGGUGUUGUUGUGA